GUCUACAGAUGCAGCGCUGUGGUUCUUCCAGGUCUGGGGCUGCGGUUUCAAGGCCUCCUCAGUGAAAGAUCUCCACUCCGUUCGACAUCUGAUUCUGAUUCCAUUUUUGCAUUUCUCGCUAUGUUAGGGUUUUAAAGGCCCUAUUUCCAGCUCCUUCUUUCCCAUGGAGUUGAAAAGGGGCAAGCUUGUUAGGUUCUACUCGGAUGGCAAAAAGCAUAAAGAACCAUUGUGGGGAGCAACUGAACCAUCAGCGCUUAAACCUAGCAAUGUGCUGCCAUUAGGGAAAAAUAGAAUUGCUGAAACAUAUAGAGUUGGAGGAUCCAAGGUAUUCCCGGAGGAUCAUGAGCCAUGGCGGAAAAGGAUACUUGACCCGGGUAGCGAGAUUGUGUUGAAAUGGAACCGGGUUUUCAUAGUUUCAUGCUUGGUCGCUCUUUUUGUUGAUCCAUUGUACUUUUAUUUGCCUAGUGUGAUAGAAAGUACAAGGUCUUCAUGUGUGAGAUCGGACCUCACGUUGCGCAUUGUUGUGACCUUUCUUCGCACUAUUGCGGACAUUUUUUAUCUGUUGCACCUGAUAAUUAAGUUGAGGACAGCAUAUGUGGCACCGAGCUCGCGAGUGUUUGGUAGGGGUGAACUUGUCAUGGACCCAAAAAAAAUUGCAAGGAGAUAUUUCAGAUCUGAUUUCUUCAUUGAUUUUAUCGCCACACUACCUUUACCUCAGAUGGUCAUCUGGUUUAUUAUACCAGCAACAAGAAGCCCUCAAACUGAUCACAAGAAUAAUGCUCUUGCAUUGAUUGUUUUGCUACAAUAUAUUCCAAGGUUAUAUUUGAUUUUUCCAUUAAGUUCUCAAAUAAUCAAAGCAACAGGAGUGGUUACGAAGACUGCGUGGGCAGGAGCUGCGUAUAAUUUGCUAUUGUAUAUGCUAGCUAGCCAUGUUUUAGGGGCAGCUUGGUAUCUUCUAUCUGUGGACAGAUACACUACUUGUUGGAAAUCCUAUUGCAAAAAGGAACGUAGCCCUGAUAAUUGCUUUCUUUACCUAGACUGCAGUUCUUUGAAUAAUGAGCUACGCAAGAUAUGGGCAAAUAGUACAAAUGUGUUUAGCAGCUGUGAUCCCAGUAAUGAUGAUAUCAACUUUAAGUAUGGAAUAUUUGAAAAUGCAGUAAAGAAACAUGUUGUCUCGUCAAGCUUUAUACCAAAAUACUUUUAUUGUUUAUGGUGGGGUUUGCAGCAAUUAAGUUCUUAUGGGCAGAAUCUAGAAACUAGCACUUUUAUUGGAGAAACAUCAUUUGCUAUUGUCAUUGCCAUCUUGGGUCUUGUAUUAUUUUCCCACUUAAUUGGCAACAUGCAGACAUAUUUGCAAUCAAUUACUAUAAGGCUUGAGGAGUGGAGACUUAAGCGAAGAGACACAGAGGAGUGGAUGAGGCAUCGCCAACUACCUGAAGAUUUGAAAAGUCGUGUUAGACGAUUUGUUCAAUAUAAAUGGCUUGCUACUCGUGGAGUUGAUGAGGAAACCAUUUUACGUGCAUUACCAGCUGAUCUUCGUCGUGAUAUCCAACGCCACCUGUGCUUAGACCUUGUUAGACGAGUUCCCUUCUUCUCUCAGAUGGAUGAUCAGCUUCUGGAUGCAAUAUGUGAGCGGCUGGUGUCAUCUCUAAGCACUCUAGGCACCUACAUUGUUCGCGAGGGUGACCCUGUGACUGAAAUGCUUUUCAUCAUUAGAGGUAGGCUGGAUAGUUCAACAACAAAUGGUGGUCGGACUGGUUUCUUCAACUCAAUCAUUUUGAGACCUGGAGAUUUUUGUGGUGAGGAACUGCUUUCGUGGGCUUUACUCCCGAAAUCAACCAUUAAUUUGCCUUCUUCAACUAGGACAGUUAAAGCCCUAAGUGAGGUUGAAGCCUUUGCUCUUCGGGCUGAAGACCUCAAAUUUGUUGCUAAUCAAUUUAGGCGCCUCCACAGCAAGAAGCUGCAGCACACUUUUCGAUUUUAUUCCCACCAUUGGAGGACUUGGGCAGCAUGCUUUAUACAGGCUGCUUGGCGUCGAUAUAAGAAAAGGAUGUCUGUGAAGGACCUCAGUUUGAGGGAAUCCAUUCCCUUAGACGAGACUAUAGCCAGCGAGAGGGAACAUGAGGAGGACUAUCCUGCCGGUUCAAAUUCAUCUCAGGCUAAAUUGAACCUUGGGGUUACAAUUCUUGCCUCGAGGUUUGCAGUUAACACACGAAGAGGAGCUCUGAAGAUUAAAGAUGACAUGCCUCAGUUACGGAAGCCUGAAGAACCUGACUUUUCUACAGAAGCCGAUGAUGAUUAGUUCUUAUUCAGAGGCAUUUGGCUUCUCAGAUUCAAUGGGAACUUGCAUGCUAUUCAGUAUGGAUGAUGAUUCUGUAGGUCUUACAAAUCCUGCAUAUCCCUCUGCCAUGAUGACUCAUGCCGGUUAUUGUUGAUUUUUUUUAAUGAGUAAGAUAAAAGGGGGAAAUAAAAGGCUGGGCCAAGGGAACGGUGAUGGUGGGUUUCCUAUUGCUCAGUUGCGUAUAUCCUGAUGAUAUGUAUCUUAAGCAAUCUUCAUCCUGUCGGGCUAAGUAUGCCUCAAACCCCUGUUUGAUGGUCCCCAAUAGAUGAAAGGUAGGAAAGAAGGGGCAAAAUGUAUCACUUAGUUUUUCUUGUAUUAAUCAUGUUACUUAGCCAUUAAGUUCAAUAUGGUGUUUUGAGUUCCCAAUAGUCUAGUUGGUAACGUCUUUGUUAACACAAAUAGGGUGUCUGAAGGUCGUGGUUUACAUAGUACCUUGUGAACUUGUAUGCUAUUAUUACUUUAUUUACAAAUUAGCAAUUUGUC